AGUAUCAGCCAUUCCAUGGUGUCACAUGGUGUAAGCGGUCAACACAUGGUUAAUUUUGCAAUAGUGAAUAGUUAAUAUAUUACAGAUAGUGAGCCUAUUUUUGAAAUAUUUUUAUUUGUGUAGAUUUAAUGAGUGUCGACAGCAUUGUUAAAUAUACAUAACCAGUUACGAGAGUCUAUCAUUACAAGUUAGAUUAGUUCAAAAGAUUCAAAAUGGCUACAUCUCUUGCGGAACAGUUGAAGAAACUGAGAACACCUCAGACUAAUAUACUGCUGCAGGAUACAAAGCGUCCUAGCUUGCUCUUCGAUCCUAAGGAGGCUGCCAAUUUAGACAGAGAAACAGUCUUAAACAUUGGUCAAAAUGGACUUCAAGAAUUAGCGAAGCUAUCAGAUUUGUUUUUGGAAUUUGAGAAGACACUCUUCGCACAAAGUUCUAUUAGCCUUGAACGUUCUGUGCAAGAUUCUAAAGUCAACAAGAAGCUGAAUGGAGAAAUUGAAAGGUUUCUCAUUCUCUCAUCCCCAUAUUUUUUACUCAACAAUGCUCAUAAAGCACUCGAAUGGUUGAUAUACAGAUUUCGUAUACAUGAAUUCAAUAGGGAUCAAUUUCUUUUAUUAAUAUUACCUUAUCACGAAACUCGAAUGUUUGUGAGGGCAUUACAGUUGUUAAAUUUGUCAGAUGAAGCUGAUAAGUGGCAUUGGUUGAAACCUCUUCAAGAGCCUGGUGUUCCUUUAGCUUCUGUAACAUUAAUCAAUCGUCUUGGUAGUGAUAAUGGUCUUUUAAAGCUUAUUUGUAGUCAUGUUGUCAAUGCCACAAGAGUGUACUCAGAAAAAGCGACUUGUCUAAGCACUCUAUACGCAUUUUACACUACCUCCAUUUUGGGAAUUAUCAAUAAAUUGUCUACAAUAUCAGAAAUUCAGAUGGGUCACAUAUUACCGACCAUUUUAAAGGGCUUAGAAACUCCUAUAGGUGAUUUUGCAGCUAGCACUUACAUGAUCUUAUCCAUGUUAAUGAGCAAAAUGAGAUUAAACAAUGAGACUACCGAAAAGUUGCUUUUGAAAAUAUUCAAGAAAACGCAUUUGAGGGAAGAAGCAUUGAUCUUGUUAUUUUUUAUGUACAAUACAUCUGUUCAUUCACUGACUACGGUGCCGAAGAGCCUUGCUAUUAGAUUAUCAGAAUUGUCUUGGUUUAUUCCACUGGCGAUAAAGCUUCAGUCGUCCAAUACAAAUGCACUGAAGUUCAUCGUACCUCUAGUGCAAACUGGUUGUAGUGUGAUCAUGGAAAAUCCAUCAGCAACGUCGAAAGUUCAGAGCAUGGUGAGUGAUAUUCUGAUACGAGUGAAACUAGACAACAACGGCGUGGACAGCAUAUUAUCAAACGUUUUGGAAAAAGAAUUUCUGACAGACAGCGCGUCAAGUGCAGCCAAGAAUUUCUUAAUGAGACUGUGUCAAUGUCUGGAGAAGACCUAUCCAGAAAGAUUCGACGAUUACUUAAAGCGUCUUAUGAAACGCAGCGACAACGACAAAGACUCCAAGCUAGCAUUGCAGUUUCUCACAUCAUGGCACUUUGGAGCCAAAGAUACACAGGAUUCCAUGGGAAUACUAGACAGACUAAUCCACAUUAGCCCAGAGCAGAGGAUCAUGGCACUGGAGUCUCUAGCAAGGAAGAAUAUAAACUUUCCAGAAAGUGUCCGGCAAAUGCUGACGAACACGCUGUUAGCUAGGUUCAACGAUAGCGAGGUCAACGUGAUUCAGGCUCUGCUAUCCAUACCCACCGGCCGUUUAACGAGCCUCAUUCCCGUAGACAUGUUAGUCGACGAGAUAAAGGUAUUGCUUUCAACAUGUCACAGCAAUCAUAGAAAAGUAUUAGCGAAGCCAGCGCUUAAAAUCCUCCUAGAACUCUGUGACGUAGGAGACGACACUAGCAUCUUUAUCACCGCUUUGCCAUAUCUGUUUCCGAACGAUGAUACAGAUGUAUUAAUCGCGAUGGAAGUACUACAAUCAAACUUCGGUAAGAAGAAUGCCUACAUGCAGUGCGUUCAAAAGGACUUAGGUGAAUCACCUAAUGCAGAGGCAGUAUCAUCAGCAGCUUUCCACAAUAUACUAAAUUGGGAGCUGUUGCCUUGUGCUGAAAGCAUACUAAGUGCCAUGAAACAACAGAUGGCCCAUGGGGACGCAGGCUCCAUGUUCUUUAAGAUGAUCCUCCUAGGUUCCGUGUGCAGAGUGCCUGUUGGCUCUCUGCAGGACGAAAUCGCAUCAGAAGUCAUCGAGAUGGCCACAGAUAUGAUCAAAAAAUUCCCUCAAGUCAAGAUGAUCCAGAACUGCAACAAUAUAACUGGAGACAAUAUCCAGUGUGCCAUCGAAUUGACCUCGCAAGGAGUCUUACCGCUUCAAGUAGGCACAUAUGUUCUCGAAAUGGUCCACAGACGACUGGACCUGAAGCUGAAUUCCAAAUUCGAUUUUGAGAAUAAUCCACACCGGAGCAACUUGAUUCUAAGACUUCUGGAGAUGUUCUUUGACGGGAUAAAUAACAGACGCUGGUGCAAGCACUACUAUAGGUGCUUGCAGAUAUUUUUUCAAAGACACUUCGCCACAGUGAAAGACCUGCUCUGCUUCUUGUCUCAGCUGUACAUAAAACCAGUCAAGGUGCAGACAUCGUAUCACUGUCUGAAGAUAUCUUUGGUGCUUUUGGACCAGUGCAAGUCGAUGCAAUGGGUGUUUCAGGACAAGGUUUUCGUGAUUAACUUACUGCUCUCGCUCGCCAGGGAGAACAACGAUUGCCGAGGAGCUGCGAUAGACGUCCUGAAGAAGCUUAUGCAGACCUUUAACUUUUCGGUGGAACCAUUCUCAGCGUUACUUCAAGAACUGAACAAACGUAGUCCGGAGAUAUCUCUCGAUCCUGACCAAUUGUCCCUAUCUCUGUACGUCCUUCUUUCCCCAGAUCCAGACGUGUGCGCACAGUUGAAAUCCGACUUAAGGAAAAAGCUUCAACAAGCACAACAAUUACUAUUCCACGUAAUCAUGGACCCCGAAACCCCGAUUCAUGUUACGUCACAACUGCUGGACAUUUUAGUCCAUGUGAAUGGUCCAACGAUCCUUGAGCAACUGGCACCCCUAGGACUCCAGCUCCUAGAGACCUUAACCACAGAAUCAAAGAACAAAUUUGCCGGGAACGCACUGAAGAACAUCCUGCAGAGAUUCAACAGCGCAACAGCAAAGGCUCUGACUGUAAGGCAUGUCUGGCAACUAUUCGAGGCAUGCGUAACGGAGCACAAGAUCGAAGUGUUCGCAGAGAGUGGAGUGCAAUAUUCAUUGAGCGUCAUCCUCUUGAAGCAGAUACAGAAACCCUUCUUUGAAAGCGUCGGCAAAGUGUCGUCCGACCUUCAGAGCAUGAUGCUGACGAAGCUGGUAGAUGUGCUCUCCGACUGCGACAUGAGCAACAUCAUCUCUAUAGCUAAUAGAGCAAUCAGGAGGAUACAGGUGAACGCGCGGCUGAUAGUCAAGGAGCUGCAGAAGAUGAAGAACCUCAAGAACGAGCAGAUAACCGACCCUAAAGCAAAGCGGAGAAAACGGUUGAGUUAUGUGCAUAAUAUACCCAAUCCAACCAUAAUAAACAAGAAGGAAUGGAAGCAUGGAGUCACGUUGUUGGAGUUCGUGCAGAGGGCGGACAACAUCGAGCAAGAAGAACUGCUGUAUCCGAUUCUCUUUGAUUUACUACGGACGUGUCUUAGCUUCGAGGAGCAAGGUCCCAUAGAGUACACCAAUCAACUCUUGUUGUCCACGAUUCACAGGUUGGCUGUGAAAAAACUGCCCAUGAGAGACGCUCAUCUUCAGAUUGAUCUAAUCACCCAGUGUAUCAGGACAUCGAGGAAUCCUCAGACCCAUCAUCACGCUCUGUUGGUUCUGGUAGAGUUGCUGAAGAUCGUCGACGUUCGAUGCGCUCUGUACACUAUCAUGCCCAUAUUUACCUUCAUGGGCAGCUCCGUGGUUCGACAGGACGAUGCCUACUCGAUACAGAUCAUCUCCAAGACCAUCGAAACCGUGUUACCCAUAAUAAACGCGGCGGAAAACGAGAAACACGCCUGCGAGGUUCUGAGGACGUUCAUCGUGUCCCUGCCGGACAUUCCUGAGCACAGGAGGACGCCUUUGUUCGUGAAGCUGUUACAGCUGCUGGACAAUCACUUGCAUCUGUAUUACCUACUCACCUUCGAGAGCCACGUUAUCGCUAGGACAAUGCGCAUUACCAAUCAGAAGACAGCCAGCCAAAGGCUCGAGUUCGCCCUGCAGGUGUCCCAGGAGUUCCCACCUGCCAGGCUCAUCCGGGUCUGCAUAAAACUUGCACAGUUCAUGAAGGAACUACCGAUCGAUAUAGACGGGGAAGAGCAUCGGAAGGCAGCCUUGUCUUUCACGUACAAGCACGUCUUCGACGUGGCGAACACCACCCCGAAAAAUCUGAGGCAUUAUAAAUAUACCCUGGUACAGUUUCUGAGCAACUUGUUAUCGUCCACUGACUUCAUCAACCGGAUCGCAGAGCUGGAUACCAGCGAAUCGGAUAGCAUGAAGGUGUACUACGAUCAGCUGAUGGUGGAGUUGAUUCUGUUAAUUCAGAGCACUUCGAAGAACGCUGACAAACAUCAGGGCAAGCCUAUGGCGAAGUACUGGAAGGUGCUUCUGCAUCAUUUGUACGACGUGCUGGAUCUGGUCAACAAUUUGCUACCAAACGAAACCUUCUUGUUCAGCGUGAAGCGUCUGAUGGAACACGAGUUGCUCACGGUGAACAGGAAGGCUCUGGAGCUUCUGAACGCCCGUCUGCAACAACGCAAGUUCGGCGAAGAGAGCUAUAACGAUCUGAUGUGCCUAACCGAACCGCUUUUGACGAUCAUUCGGACCAAAGCGAAGUCCGAGACCCAGGAACAGGAGAUCGUCCAACAAACUGUUCUGAUAACGCUGAAACUGCUGGCCAAGUUGCUAGCUUCAGAUAAUGCUGCGGUGUUCAAGCCGAUCCUCGAGACGACUACCGAGCUCCUGAAGACGAAAGAGGGUCCAGUGCUGGGCAGUGCGGCGCUCUGCGUCGCCGAACUGUGCAGUUCGAUGCGAAUUCAUGCCAUUCAUAGCUUAAACAAGUUCGUCCCAGCUAUCUUGCAGCUGUUAGAGAAUCACUGCCAUCAAGAUGUGCCCGACGUGAUACUGGUCAGCAUAGUGAGCGCGUUGCAGAAGAUUGUCGAAUCCGUCGGCAAUUUCCUGUCCCUCUACCUGGACCAAUUACUAUUCGAAUUAGCAAGAUUGAACUCAUUGUACACCGAUACUGAACAUCCAAAGAUCGGCGUGGUGGUUUCAAGGUUGAGAGCAACCACUCAGAAACUAUCCAGUUGCAUACCGCUAAGAGUGCUGCUACCAGCAGUGAACAGAACGUACGAUACAUUGCUCGGUAAAAGAUCUUACGAGUGUGUACCUGCACUUAUGACUGUCCUAGCAGAGUCCUUUAACAAUGUUCAGCCAAAUGAACUGAGUGCAGCCAUUCCAGACCUAGGCACCUUCUUCUUGAAAGUCCUACAGCUACGAGAGGAUUUGCCUAGCACUACAGAGAGCAUGGAAACGGAUGAUCAACUCACGUUGGAGGAUGUUGUGGUGGUCGAGGAAAGCGCCAGCAAGGCAUUGGUCGCCUUGGUCUUGAAACUGAGCGAGGCCAUGUUCAGACCUCUAUAUUACAAGCUGUACGACUGGGCCGCCAGGAAUCCGCAACAUAAGCAGCGGAGCAUCACAUUCUACAGACUCUCAGCAAACAUAGCAGAGUGCCUAAAAUCGCUGUUCGUGCUGUUCGCCGGCCACUUCCUCAAGCACGCAGCAGUGUUGCUCAAGAGCAACAAUCCAGCCAUCACAGAGGAGCCCCUAGAGAUGACAUUACCGGAAGAAACCAACAAAAUCGAGUUGGUCGAGGCGAUUUUGUUGACGCUCUACCGGGUCUUCAGCUACGACGCCCAGAAUUUUUUGAACCAGGAAAGGGUGGAGACGUUGGCGCAACCUAUCGUGGACCAGCUGGAGAACACCAUGGGAGGCAGAGAGGAAUACGAGAAGAGGGCCAGCGAAUUGGUGGUUCCCUGCAUUGCAGCGUUUGCUAAUGCUAUCGCCGAUGACACCUUGUACAAGCAUCUGGUCUACCAAACGUUGCUGAAAACUCGACACGCGAAACCCUACGUCAGAAGCGCCGCAUUGAACGCCUUGGUGGAGAUCGUAAGGAAACUAGGGGAGGACUUUAUGCCGCUGUUGCCGGAGACUAUACCUUUCCUGGCGGAGUUGUUGGAGGACGAAGACGAAGCUACGGAGAAGUGUGCACAAAAUGCUGUACGCACAUUGGAGGACAUCUUAGGGGAACCGUUGCAGAAGUACUUCUAAACCAGUCAUAGCACUUAUGGUAAUUUACGCGAGAGGAUGUCGAAGAAAUUGGUGCAGAAUAAUUGAAUAAAACGAAUUAAUUUUUA